AUGAAUUUUCUGCGCAACAUUCUGGGCUCUGGGUCCAAGCAGGAGCUUGCGGUGAUCCCGUCAGGCCAGCUGUUUCUCAAACGGUCGCCGCACUCGGUCAAGGGCGUUUCCGAGUGCAUCUACAAGGAGGCAGCCGCCAUCAUCCGAAAGACCGAGGUGGAGUUCCAGAGCCAGCUCAUUGUCCAGAGAGUCUACGAGGAGGGCGAGGAGGCAUUCGAGGGCACCGAAGAAGAGGACCAGCUUGACGACGAAGAAUGGUGCUAUCUGAUUGACGAGGCCCUUCGAAUCAGCUACUUCAUGCAGGACGGCCAUGUGGUUGUGACAUGGAACGAUCUCAAUGGCGACCCCGGAGACCGGUUCGAAUUCAUCUGCGACACCAGCAUCAAACCCGAGGUGUAUGACAAGUUCUCCAAGGUGGCCCAGGAGUGCAUGUACGAGCGAAAGUACACUGCAAGUGCAAAGGGAGUCAGCGAAGACGAUCUCAACGAGUUUGACUACCCUCCUCCGGUAACAGAGGUCGAGGCCAAUGAGUCUACCGCCGUGGACGAGUCCGUGGCUGCUGACUUUAACGAGGUGGACAAACGCGUGGCACACGACACGGAAGGCAUCUUCGUUAAGGAGGAAGAGGAGGGGAAGAAGGAGAACAAGGCCCACGCUAGCGUGCCUACAGCUGCUCCCGAGACUGUGGCUGCCGCGGUGGCUGCGCCUGCCUCCGCUCCUGUUGUGCAGGACUUGCCCCAGUUCGACGCUCUCCUGGGAGAGAACAAUGCUGAGCUGCAUCUGUUUGAUGCCGGGACCGGUGCGUUUGAACUGCAGGCAGCCUCCACCACCGUGCGAAUUGAGGAGGUGGCCAAGCAGUGGGAGUAUUGGCUGACUGUGACGAACGGAACCAAACCCGUACUGGGCAUGCCCAUCACCUCGGAGAUGAACCCCUGCUUCAACUACGAGCAUCUGUCGUUCAUCUUCAACUACUUUGCACCUACCGGAGCGGGUUUCUCGUGGCUGCUCAAGUUUGGCUCGUUCGAGGAGCUCGAGAUCUUCCAGCAGGUGUUCAUGCAGGCUCUGUGGCAGAGACUGCAUCGUCAAAAGUACACAACCGCUCCCGAGACAGAAAAGGACUACCUUUCCGAAGCCUUUGGAGCUAUGGAUAUUGACGACGAAGGCACCACCGGUCUGGAGGAUCUUCCUGAGGAGGACGAGGAUGAAGAUGAGUUUGAGGACUGCCCCCAGGGCCCCGCACGAGACUUCUCUGAUGACGAGGAGUACGACAACGACGAGGUGUUUGGAAAGAACGACGAUCUCGACAAGAACAAGCUGCUUGCCGUCGGAACUUCCAACGACCGGUCGUAUGUUGUACGAGGAAACCGAAUUGGAGUGUUCAAAAAUACUGCCGACAACGAGCUCGAGUUUGCCACCACUAUUGAGAACAUUUCCAAGCCCGACAAGACGUCGUUCAACCCCGACAAGAUGAUGCUGCAUUACCAGGACAAGCACAUUGUGCUGCAGGACAAGUCUGAGGGCAACAACCUGUACAAGAUGGAUCUUGAGUACGGUAAGGUGGUGGACGAGUGGAAGGUGAGUGAUGACUCCAAGAACGGCGUUGUCAGCUUUGCUCCCUCGGCCAAGUUUGCGCAGAUGACUGGCGAGCAGACCUUCCUGGGAAUGGCCAACUCGGGUCUGUUCCGAAUCGAUCCCCGUCUCAGUGGAUCCAAGCUGGUUGAUAGUGAGCACAAGAAGUAUGCCACCAACAACCAGUUUUCGGCUCUGACUUCCACCGAGGGUGGCCACAUUGCUGUGGCCUCGCAGAAGGGAGAAAUCCGACUGUUUGACCGACUUGGAAUCAAUGCCAAGACCGCUCUCCCCGCCCUUGGAGAUCCCAUUCUGGGCGUCGAUGUGUCUGCUGACGGCCGAUGGAUUCUGGCCACCUGCAAGACUUAUAUUCUUCUGAUCGACGCUACAAUCAAGGAUGGCAAAUACGAGGGCGAGACCGGAUUCAAGCGGUCGUUUGCCAAGGACGCCAAACCCCGUCCCAAGCGUCUCCAGAUUUCCCCCGAGCAUGUGGCCUUCAUGCUUGCCGAGACUGGUUCUGGCUUGAACUUCACCAAGGCGCAUUUCAACCAGGGCCCCAAUUCUCGAGAGCAGACGGUUGUGACGUCUUCUGGCCCAUACGUGGUUACUUGGUCGCUUAAGAAGCUGCUGCGAGGAGACGCCAACCCCUACCUCAUCAAGCGGUACUCUGACCAGGUUACUGCUGGAGACUUCCGAUUCGGCACUGACAAGAACGUCAUUGUUGCCACCGAGGACGAUGUCAACAUGGUGUCCAAGAAGUCGUUCCGUAAGCCCACGCGGGAGUCUCUGGCGACUCCUGGCAUGCGACGGGGCACUCUGGGACGAAGUAGCAUUGUUAACGAGUUGUACUAG